GUGACUUCCGCUCUGCAAAGACAACAUCUUAAAGGAGAAAAUUGAAUGAAAAUUGGUCAAAUACCUUCCAAAAAAUGGCAAACCAAUCAACAUUAAAGUCAGUUUUAGAAAAUGAAACCUGAUUUGAAAUGGAGAACAAUCAUCAAAUUGUUGAAUCUGCUGCUUACAUUCAAGAAAAAGAAAAAAAAUCUGCAUUCAAGAAAGAAAAAACGGUGUCAAAGAAAGAGAGUUUAUUGAACAAUGUAAAAGAAGAAAUAGAGAAAGGCCCAAGAAUUUCUUCUCAAAAAAGGAAAUCUGAUUCUUUAAUAAAUGAGAUUUCAGCAUCCACCACAAGGAAAAAAAGAAAAAACAAAGAUUCCAGACAUGAAACUUGUGUGAAGGUGGACAAGGAUGGCUCAACAAGUCAUUCUUAUGAGAAAAUUCACUGCAAUAGCAGCAGUAGAUUGAGACAAAAGCCUUUAAAGACAGAUAAAACAUCUUCAUUCGAAUCUAAAGUCAUAAAUGUUCCAUCUAAGCUAGAAAAAUACUCUGAAGCCCAUAAGAAUGGUUGUGUUAAAAGUGAUUCAAAGUGGAAAAACAGAAAAACCUCAAUGAAUGGUAAAACAAUCCAACAGGAAGCAGUUCUUAUUGACAAUAAGUCAUCUAAAGACGAUUAUUGGUAUUCUAAAUUAGAUCAACGGGCCAGAGACAGCUAUAUUCCAGAUUGUGAUGAUAAGGUAGCUCAUAAAAAACUGAAGAAACUUGAAAGAAGCAAAGAUGAUAAUGUGGUAAAGAAAGAUAUAAAGUUUGAGAAGGCCCCUGUAGUUCAUAGCAAUGGUUUUAGUAAAAGUAGACUUGUAAGUGAAGAGAUUAAAAGUCUGGUUGUGCCUUCAACUCCACCCAAACGUACAAAUGGUUAUGAUCCCAACCUAUGCUAUGAUGCUUGUGAUACACCCCCACUGGCCAUGAGUCAAAAACAAAAUGGAGUACUGAAUGAGAAAUCUUCACCAACUGUAACGGACAGUUUUAUAUCUGUAAAUGGACUAAGUCAAAGUAUUUGUUCAGAAGAGGAUGAUGAUGAUUUGCCUGAAUUUUUAACCAAUUCUGAAGAACAAGGUUACACACCAAAAGAAGAUGACUUGAUCUGGUUCAAGUACAGACACUAUCCCUUCUGGCCAGCAAAGAUAUUAAAGAUUACAAAAUUAAAAGGAAGGCUUAAAUUAAGAAUAUAUUUCUUUGGUGAGGCACAAAAAUUCACAGUAAAUUAUUCCAAGAACUCAGUAUUACCAUAUUUUCAUCCCAAAAAAGAUAUUUUGACUGAAAAAGGGAAAGAUACAGACAAUAAAGUAUUAAAAGAAUCGUUUCUGAAAAGCAUAAAGGAUGUGACGUCAGAGGUGAUGAAGAAGGCAUCAGUUUCAUUAAACAGCUCACCAACAGAGAAACAUUGUUUUCAGUUAAACAGCAGUGGGGAGGAAAGUUUUAACAGUAUUACUUCAUUUAAAGAUGAACAGUCUGAGUUUAAACUGAAUUGGAAACAGAGAGGACAGUUGUCUUUCAAUUCUAAGAUCACAGAUAAAAUGUUAGAAAAAUGUAGAAAGAGGAAAGAAAGGUUACAAGAAAGGAACAAAAUACUGGUAGAUUUCAUUAAAACUGACAAAGUUAAGGAGUACUUAUUUGGUGUAUAUAGAGGACAGAUAGAGAGUGAAUCACAUCAGAAAUUCCACACGUCGGCAACAGAACAAAAUCAUUUACGUUUCAAAGCCAGAUCAUUUUGGUAUUUAGAAGAUGAGGAACAGAUAACUGAAGUAUUUGAUGUAUUAAAAGAUUAUUAUAAGGAGGUUUCUGGUUGUGAGAUAAAUAAUAUAGGUUAUAUUGUUGAUGUUUGGUUUCCUGAGGCUGUGGUGUACAGUCUUAUUAAAAAGAGGAGAUUAACCAAGUCCAAAGCCUGGGAAAUUUUUGAAAAACCAAAGAAGAGAUCAAAAGUUGAAGAAAUUCUCGAACAUCAGCAAUUAAUCAGGUCAGCAUCUCCAGAAUCAAACAAGCUCAAACUCCGCCCCCCACCAAAACUAAAACUGAGACAAACUACUUAAAAGUGUAUCAGAAGCUUUAACUUGUGACACUGUAUAUCUAUACUGUUACAGAACAAUGUUAUUUCAUCUUAAUUGUGAACUAUUUCUUACAUUCUUUAUGAAAUUAUUUCACUAUUAUGAAUGAAAUUCGACUGAUGUUCAUUAAAAUGCAUAUUAUAUUAAAGAUUGUAGAGAAGUUUACUCAAUUUGUUGUGUAUCGGGGAGACUGAAAGCAUCUAUAAAUUAAAGAUUGUGGAGAGGUUUACUCAAUUUUUUAUGUGUAUCGGGGAGACUGAAAGCAUCAAUUUGCAAUUCGAUUCAUGCAAUUCCACUAAAACUUGAGUGUUUGAUGACAUCACUAAUAGCAAAGGGCCUUAUGUGAUACCAGCAUAUUUUGUGAUAUUUUGUGGAAUUGCAGAAACUACAGAUGUCUUACUGAAAAUCAAUGCCCCUGACACACAUACAAAAAGCUCUUUGCAAUCUAAUACAUGUAAUGAUGUCUUAACGCAGGAACAUGGCAGUAAUCUUGCAAGCUCUUGAGUCCCAAGUCUGUCUUGAUUAUUAAAUAUGAGUACAGUAGUGUAUACUAUCU